AUGGCUCUUUGUCUUGCAAAUUCAUUGGUAGCUCGUCGAGGUUAUGUCCCUUACGACCAACUAGUUCGCUACAAAUGGUGGUAUAGAGAUGGGUAUAUGUCUUCUACAGGACAAUGUUUUGAUAUUGGUUCGGCCACAAGACAAUCGCUUCAGAAAUUUGAAGAUCGCCAAGCAAAAUUCGCCAAGAAAUAUAAAAUUCCUCUUGACCAAUUAGAUUUUCUUUCAGACCCUGAACUAUUGAAGAAGUUCGAUGUGAAUUGCAGUGAACAAGGUGUGGCUGGUAACGGAGCUUUGAUGCGACUUGCACCUGUACCACUGUUCUUUUAUAAACAUCCUACUCAAGCCAUCGAGUAUUCAGGACUUAGUGGAUUUAUUACUCAUGGCGACGAUAAAGCUUAUGAUGCCUGUCGUUACUAUGGUGCUUUAAUCGUUGCUGCCGUCAAUGGAGAAGAAAAAGACGCACUGAUUCAUAAAAGAUUUUACGACAAACAUAAAGUAUGGUUCGGUGACAAGCCUCUUCAUGAAGACAUUAAACAUAUUGCUGAAGGUUCUUACCAGAAAGAUGGAUAUGAUAAAGGUAUUCGAGGUAAAGGAUACAUCGUUAGUGCUCUUGAAGCUGCUUUAUGGGCAUUUUGGUCUGAUAAGGGCUCUUUCGAAGAAGGUGUUCUCGCAGCUGUGAAUCUUGGUGAUGAUACGGACACAACAGCAGCCAUCUACGGUCAAUUAGCAGGUGCCUGUUAUGGCUAUCAAAAAUUACCAGAAAAAUGGAAAGAAGAAGUAUACGCAAAAAAGUUUAUUGAAUGUUUGAGCAAAUGGAUCGUUCAUGAAGGAACCCAUUGGUCACCAAAAGGAUUGAAAACUUCAGAAAUAGCUUCCACGACUUUUAAUAAGUCAUCUUGGGAAGACGAAAAGAAUUCAAAUGAGUUAAACGUGUUAAAGAAAAAUCAAAACUAUCAGCUGCCAGUAUCAACAAAAGAUUUACAUACAACAUCAGCAUCAGCCGCAUCGCGUAAAAAUCCAAAUGACGAUGCAACAUGUUCUCGAUCACGUGGCCGCACUGUUAUUGAACCGUCAAAACCUUUGAAAUCUGAUUCAUAUGAUGCAUUUGAAACUGUUCCUCGAAAGUCAUUCGAACACGGAGAUACCAAAUAUGCGCGUGCACGUAAGAGUUUUAAAAUUCUAACAAUAUAA